AUGUCGAUCAAAAUUAACUUACUGGCCGUUUCGCAGACUUUCCUUGCGUUGGCAGCAUUGGCCACCGCGAAUGCGCCCAUCGUUGACUUGGGUUAUGCUCAAUAUCAGGGUUCGGUGGACACAACUACAAAUACCACCAGUUUCCUUGGGAUUCGAUACGCAGCUCCUCCCCUUGACAACUUGAGAUGGGCAGCUCCGCAGCCUCCACCGACUGUCUCAGGCGUUCAACAAGCUACCACGCAACCAAAUCAAUGUUAUCAAGGACCCCUGGGUAAUGCAUCGACGAAUCCUUUCGAAAACAUCUCUUUAAGCAAGAGGGAUGUCAGUCAAUCGGAAGAUUGCUUAUUCUUAAGCGUAUACACCCCAGGGAGUACAAUUGCGACCACUCCGUCGGGUAGGCUCCCAGUAGUCGUGUUUAUUCACGGAGGGGGCUAUGUUUUAGGAGCUGAGAGUUUAUACGAUGGUGCAGAGCUAAUCACAGAAUCAGACUAUGGUGUCAUCAGUGUCAUCAUCCAGUACCGCCUCGGUUUGUUCGGUUUUCUUUCUGGAGAAGCGGUCAAAGAAGGGGGUGCGCUCAACGCUGGACUACUUGACCAAAAUUACGCUUUGCAGUGGGUGCAAGCAUACAUCAGCCAAUUUGGCGGCGACCCUACCAAGGUUACGAUUUGGGGACAGUCUGCUGGCGCCGGUUCUGUGAUACAGCAUAUUGUUGCUCACGGGGGCAACACACACCCUCCCCUCUUCAGGGCUGCUAUGACGAGCUCUACGUUUCUUCCGUCGCAAUACAAUUAUAAUGAUCCUAUUCCGGAGCUAAUACACUCAACUCACAGCUGUGGCUCAAGUUCAGAUACCCUUUCUUGCCUGCGCGCUGUAGACGUAAAUACGCUGCAAACCUUGAACACUGACAUCAACCUCGACGGAUUCUAUGGCAUGAUCGCAUUCAUACCCGUUGUGGAUGGGACUUUUAUCGUGGAAAGACCCACCCUAACACUCAGCAAGGGCCGCCUGAAUGGUAACCACCUUCUUUCCGUAACGAAUACGCAUGAGGGGAACGUCCUUGUGGAUCAGUCAAUGACAAUGGAUAUUGCAGAUUUUAUCGGGACGAUUUACCCGGACUUUGGUCCUGCUCAGAUCGCUGGAGCAGCGUCGUUGUACCAAAACAUGGGAAGCAAUGUCAAUCAGGCAAAUCUUGCGAUAGGCGAAUCAAUGUUCCUCUGCCCUACUUAUUAUAUGCUCGAAGCUUUCAGAGGACGAGCGUGGAAGGGCGAGUUUGCAAUUCCACCUGGCCUGCAUGGAGAUGAUAUUGGAGAGUACUUCACUUCAUAUACGAGUGGCCCUCAAUUCAUCGACGGUCCUUUAUACAACAAUUCUCAGUUCAUCACUUCCUUUUCGAAUUCCUUCAUGGCUAUGGUCAUGUUCGAGACUCCUGACCACAGAUACACCCCAGGAGACAUCACACCUCCCUGGAACAUCUGGCAACGAGGCCUCACAGAGAUGAUCUUCAAUGAGACUUCUGCGGGAUUACCUCAUGUGUACACGUCCACGACCGGCCUGGCCUUACUCGAGCGUUGCGCCUACUGGCGAAGUGUGUCGGCGUAUAUACCGCAGUGA